AUCCUACAUCUCCACACACAAAUCAUUGGCCUCCGGCUGCCGUAGGCCAGUUACGCGUAGGUGGUUUACCGAAGAUGGCGGCUUGUAGACGUGUGCAGCUUCUUUUAUUGCUUAUAUCCUUCACCGCUUGCCUUCGUUCUAGCCAGGGAGCGAAAUCCCCGAGCGUUCACGCUGAUGUUAAUGCAGCAGAUAACGUUAAUGAUGUUAGAAAUGCCGGAGGUGCGCUGGCCGAGCCGAAGGCCGCUCAGUCCCGCCGCAGCUCCGCCGGCUGGAGGCUGGCUGAAGACGAGGCCUGUCGCGAAGACGUGACCCGACUGUGCUCCAAACACUCAUGGAACAACAACCUGGCGGUGCUCGAGUGUCUGCAGGACAGGAAAGAGGAAACUGAGAUUGCAGCCAGCUGUAACCAUCUGCUAUGGAAUUACAAGCUGAAUCUGACAACAGACCCGAAGUUUGAGUCCGUGGCCGUUGAGGUGUGCAAAAGCACCAUUGGUGAUAUUAAAGAGUGUGCAUCAGAGGAGCGAGGGAAAGGCUAUUUAGUGUCAUGUUUGGUAGAUCACCGUACCAACAUCACUGAAUACCAGUGCAAUCAGUACAUCACCAAGAUGACGACCAUCAUCUUCAGUGACUACCGGCUCAUCUGUGGCUUUAUGGACAGCUGCAAAGACGACAUCAACACACUGCACUGUGGGAGUGUUAACACCGGUGAGAAGGAUAUACACUCUCAAGGAGAGGUGAUAGCAUGUCUGGAGAAAGGGCUGGUGAGUGAGGCAGAGGAACAGCCAGGGCGUUAUACAAUUAAAGACGAUUGUAAGAAGGCCAUCAUGCGUGUGGCUGAGCUUUCAUCAGAUGACUUUCACCUGGACAGGCACCUGUUCUUUGCGUGCCGUGACGAUCGUGAGCGCUUCUGUGAGAAUACUCCAGCAGGUGAAGGCAGGGUCUACAAAUGUCUUUUCAACCACAAAUUUGAAGAUUCCAUGUCUGUAAAGUGCAGAGAAGCUCUCUCCACCAGACAGAAGCUGAUCGCACAAGACUACAAGGUCAGCUACUCACUGGCCAAAGCCUGCAAACAGGACCUGCGGAAAUACCGCUGCAACGUGGAUACCACACUGCCUCGAGGCAGAGAAGCCAAGCUCUCCUACCUACUACUGUGCCUCGAGUCUGCAGUACACAGAGGACGCACUGUGAGUGGUGAGUGUCAGGGGGAGAUGUUGGACUACAGACGCAUGCUGAUGGAGGAUUAUUCGCUGAGUCCUGAGAUUGUGUUGCACUGCCGUGGGGAGAUCGACGCUCACUGCUCUGGUCUGCACCAAAAGGGCCGAACCCUUCACUGCCUCAUGAGAGUUUCCCGUGACAAGGCCAUUGAAGACAACCUCUGUCAGAAAUCUCUCCAGACUUUGAUCCAGGAGACAGACCCUGGGGCAGAUUACAGGAUUGACCGCGCUCUCAACGAGGCCUGUGAGUCAGUCAUCCAGACGGCCUGUAAACACAUCCGUAACGGAGAUCCCAUGAUUCUCUCCUGUUUAAUGGAGCAUCUUUACACUGAUAAGAUGGUGGAAGACUGUGAACACAGGUUGCUAGAGCUGCAGUACUUCAUCUCCAGAGACUGGAAGUUGGACCCGAUCCUCUACAGGAAGUGUCAGAAUGAUGCUGCACGUAUUUGCCACACUCAUGGCUGGAACGAGACGAGUGAGUUCAUGCCCCCAGGAGCGGUCUUUUCCUGUCUGUACCGCCACGCGUACCGCACAGAGGAGCAGGGUCGACGGGAGUCAACUGGCAGCAACAGUCCUUAUACUUUAUCUCGUGACUGUAAGACAGAAGUGCAGCGAAUCCUUCACCAGAGGGCUCUGGAUGUAAAGCUGGACCCAGACUUGCAGAAACGCUGUAUGACCGAUCUGGGCAAGUGGUGCAGUGAGAAAACAGAGCCAGGACAGGAGUUGGAGUGUCUACAGGAUCAUUUAGAUGAUUUGGGCUCAGAUUGUAGAGAAGUGGUGGGUAACCUGACCGAGCUGGAGUCUGAAGAUAUUCAAAUUGAAGCCCUUUUAAUUCGAGCUUGUGAACCUGUCAUCCAGUCUCACUGCCAUGAGAUGGCAGAUAAUCAGAUAGAUACUGGAGAUCUGAUGGAAUGUCUUGUGCUCAAUAAACACCAGAAGGAGAUGAAUGAAAAAUGUGCAGUUGGAGUAACUCACUUUCAGCUGGUCCAAAUGAAAGACUUCCGCUUUUCGUACAAGUUUAAAAUGGCCUGCAAGGAGGAUGUUCUCAAGCUCUGCCCUAACAUCAAAAAGAAGGUGGAUGUGGUCAUCUGUCUGAGCACCAUGGUGAGGAACGAUACGCUGCAGGAAGCCAAAGACCAGCGAGUGUCGAUGAAGUGCCGCAGGCAGCUCAGAGUGGAGGAACUGGAGAUGUCAGAAGAUAUCCGCCUGGACCCAGAUCUGUACGAGAACUGCAAGCCGGACAUUAAGGAUCACUGUCAGAACGUGGUGUACGGCAAUGCUCAGGUGAUUGAAUGUCUAAAGGACAAUAAGAGGACUCUGACCCAGCGUUGUCAUCAGAAGAUCUUUAAACUGCAGGAGACUGAGAUGAUCGACCCUGAACUCGACUUUCAGCUCAUGAGAGUGUGUAAGCAGAUGAUCAGGCGUUUCUGCUCUGAAGCCGACGCUAAGAGCAUGCUCCAGUGUCUGAAACAAAAUAAGAAUAGUGAACUCAUGGACCCUAAAUGCAAACAGAUGAUCACCAAGAGACAGAUCACUCAGAACACAGAUUACAGACUGAACCCAGUACUGCGGAAGGCCUGUAAGGCUGACAUUCCCAAGUUCUGCCAAAAUAUUCUGAACAAAGCGAAAGAUGACGUUGAGUUAGAGGGCCAGGUCAUCUCCUGCCUCAAGCUCAAAUAUGCUGACCAGCGUCUGUCAUCAGACUGUGAGGACCAGAUCAGGGUAAUUCUUCAGGAGUCUGCCUUGGACUACAGACUGGACCCUCAGUUACAGAUGCAGUGCAUUGAUGAGAUCCCACGGCUGUGUGCAGAAGAGGUGGCUGCCCAGGAACAGACAGGUCAGGUGGAGGAAUGUCUCAAAGUCAAUCUGCUCAAGCUCAAAAAUGAAGGCUGCAAAAAGGAAGUGCUGAACAUCCUCAAGGAGAGUAAGGCAGAUAUUUUUGUGGAUCCAGUGUUGCACACCGCAUGUGCGCUUGACCUUAAGCACCAGUGUGCUGCCAUUCCACCAGGCAGAGGAAGACAAAUGUCGUGUCUGAUGGAGGCUCUUCAGGAUAAGCGUGUGAGGCUCCAGCCUGAGUGUAAAAAGAGACUGCAAGAUCGUAUAGACAUGUGGAGCUAUGCUGCCAAGGUGGCGCCAGCAGAAGGCUUCUCAGACUUGGCUGGUCAGGUUCUCUCUUCUCCUGCUAAGAACUAUAUACUGAGCAUGUUGGCUGUGUGUGUGGUGCUGCUGUUUUUCAUGGGGCUGCUGUGCGGUCGCAUCACCAAGCGCGUCACACAGGAGCUGAAGGACAGGUAAAGCGUGUUGCCAGGGGCAGGAGGAGGGGGAGACGCAAUGUCCUGCCUUCCUCCUUCCCCAUUCCACAAAAGGGGGCAGAGAAGCUAGCAGUGCUCCUCUCUGUCCCUUAUUCACCCCAGGCCCUGACAAUGGCAUGGUGAAGAGGAGACUGAAACUGGGCAGAUUUUCUUGCUACUGGCAGCAGCCAUGUUGGGACCUGAUAUUACCCUCCUCACAGUCCAUGAUUUCUUACUGCAGUAUUCCUGCAUCGUCAUCUGCUUCUCUGUGACCGGACCUACCUGCUGUGGACCUUUUGGGCUGUUGUGUGUGCGCGUGCCUGCGUGUGUGUGUGUGUUUCGUGCAUUUCUACGUAUGAUGUACCUGCAUCUUUGAGACAUUGUUUCUUCCCUUUCAGCUUCCUCCAUGUUCAUGAAGCUCCUGUUGCUUUUCUCUUCAUUUGCAAUUCAUGUUGAUGCUUUUUGUUGUGUUGUAUGUUGUGGUAUGAGUUUUUGCGUAUGCUCGUGUGCUCCCCUGUGGUCUACUGAGGUGACAAGGCAGCAGGUUCUCACUACUAAAUACAGAAAUAAUUUCGUGUGGGUGUUUGGCAGACACUUCAGUUACACAUGGUGAAUAGAAUAUUUUUGUGGUAUUAGGUUUGUGUGUGUUUGGGCUGCGCAGGUCUGAUAACACGGUUCUUCUGUUAUUUUAACUGAUUUAUCAUUUCUUUAGCAUUCGACUAUGGGUUUUUUCUUUAAUCGGGUCAUGGCAGAGAUUUAUCUUUUAGAACAUCUAAUGGGAGAAUAAAGGCAUCGUUUUCUUUAGUUUUAUUUAUAAAUAACAUUCUUGACGUUAAUGUCGUAGACGUGCUACUAAAUAGGGCCUUUUGUGACGAAUUAAUACAGGAUUUAAACAGGAGUUGGACUGAAUAAUUGUACUGAAGUAUUCUUUGUGUACGUUUGUGUGAGAGUGAAUGAAUAUCCUGUCUGUGGGUUUACUUAUUUUCAUCAAGAUUUUUAUUUGUAUUUUUUUCUGGACAUUCUACAGACGGAUAUUUGUAGGUUUGGGUUGUUGAUGAAUAAAGGUGUCCGAUGUAAGGCUUGUCAGACUUGCUGUACUCCCAGAUACUAACAGACCAUCGAGCAGUGAAGGAAGAACUAUUCACAUCUGAGCCAGAAGAACUCAGGAUCUAGGGGCCAUAAAUGGGGCUGUUUAGACAAGCGUCCGUGGGUAGGAUGCUGAUAAAUGUUCAGAUAAUUCAGAAUACUAUGUGAACAACAUGUAGAUGACCUUAGACCAACACACCAGUUCUAAAUGGGAUGCUUGAUAAAUAUCCCAUAGUGGCCUCAGACAGGAUGUCAAGGCACACAUGGAGCUCAGGCAGGCAAAGAUUUGGUUCUUACAUUGAAUUUGACUGCGUCUUUCUGCUGCUCUGCAGAGACGGACACCGUUGUGAUACAGUGUCAUCUUUACACAGGUUACUGUGCUCACAUCUCUUUUAGUUUAGCUUGUGCUGGUGGCUGGAGGACUUACAGUGCCAUAAUUAAAGACUGCUAAUAGCAUUAGUACUUGCUCGACCAACCAAGGCACAUUGUUUAGUCUGUGCUUGCUUAGCAAUGUAUUAAUGAAUUUGUCAGUUUUAAUAGGCCUUAAUUUAUUGUAGGUUUUGGGUUUGGGAUGUUUUCUGGAUGCCUCAGUGUUUUUAUUGGGGCUGAUCUUGUACUCUGCCAUCCAGGGUAAGAGGAAUAAGAUUAUUAUUUUUUAAUACUUGCAGAAGUUCUGUUUAUAAUUCAGCUAAUCAAAGUUCUGUGUGUCUUGAACUCGAUCACCUGCACAGCUUGGAAAUACAGUUCUGAAAAUCAUGCCCUUUAUUCCAUUUUCUCUUGCAUGAACUUUCAUAAUCAGCUGCCUUCCUUCUCAGCUAAUCAGACCUUAUCAACCCAUUGACGGCUUGUUGGGAAUUAAAUCCACAACGUUGUCAAAAGCUCUAAACAAUGUUCAGGUGUUUUUUUGUUAGCUAUACCUGUUAGAAGGGGGAACAUGUGUUAGAGGAAAAAGAGCAUUACAGUAAGAAAUAUCCAGAGGUGAAAGGACAUCAGCGGUGUCAUAUGUAAAGGUUUUUGUAUAAAUCAUAAGUCAUGUCGCAAUGCUAUGGGGAGGAGGAAGAUGAUGCUUGUAUACUGUAUAUAACUGGGUUUUGUUUUUUCUCAACUUAAUUUUUGCUCUUUUUCUUGUAGAAAUUGUGACAGUCUUGUAAAUUUACUGAAUUGCCCUCACAAGAAGCAGAUGUCUUUUUUCCACCUUUACUGGUAAUGAGAAUAUUGGUACAGAACAUUAUGGCCAUGGCCUUCAGUAACCUUUGUUGAAAAUGAUGCUUCUUAUAAAAGAAAAGCUCAAUGUAUCAGUAUAAUUUGUCCAUUAAUUCAGGAUUGACCCACAGAAAGUGAUCAGUAUUAAAUCAUGUUGGAGCUCAUUGUGUACCUUCAUGUUGGCUCAGAUGAUCAUGUGGUCAGUUCUCUCAUCCAGCUCAGACACCUUGGGCAUUCUCAGUGGACCGUUCCUUAAAUGUUUAACUGAUGAUUUAAGCAAGUGAAUGUAGCACUGAAAUGAUUUCUUCUAACUGCUCGAUUUCCUCCUCAUUUCAGACAGGAAAUGAUGUGAAGUCAUACUGUAAGUGCUCACCGUCUGCUGUGUGACCUUUCUACAAUAAAACAUAUGAUUAUUAGAAAAUCUUAUAGUAAAGAUGCAUCUUGUUUUUGUAUGUUUUUUUUCCUCUCCAUUGUACAAACUGAUUUCCCCUCAGAUCUAAUCAAGCCAUGUACGUCAUGUACUGUACAUAUAUACAAAUGGCUUUUUUGUCUUUAUUGGUUGUUUUUGUUAUGUACAAAGUGAUUUGGAAAAUUGUUAAUAAAAUCAAUUUGCUGGUUUGUA